AUGGUCAAGUGCCUCCUUGCAUGUCACUUCGAAACGAACAAGGAGUACUUCGACGGCAACAAGAGCAAGGCACAACUGGUGGCGGCAUGGCGGAGAACCGCCUUGUUGUUCAAUCUCAAGAUGAUGAUAGCGAUCGAGGUGCCAAAGUUGAAAAACAAGUUCCAAGCCGUUAAGUCGGAGUUCUCCACGCUUCGGUGGUCGAUGGACAACAAAACUGGAAAUGCGACGGAGCGACUGUUUGACCUGCCAACGUAUUGGGAUUCUCUCGUUGAGCACUUCGGAGAUAAGACGGGGCUUGGCCACCAUGAAUUUGGAACGAGUGAUCCGCCCCCUCCGGCGAAAUCAGUGGAUGACACUUCGACCGUCGACGGACUUCGGGACGACGUGACCAACGUGGAUGACACCUGUCACGGGUCGAAUGGCCUGGAGAAGCGCAAACUCGAAGUGCAACUUGAAAUGCAGCGACAGCGGGAACGGCGCAAGAAGGGCAAAAUUGAUGUUGCGUCGGGAUUAGUGUCGAUGGGAGAAAUUAUGGCAAAAGGGUGGAUGCUGCAGCCCUGUCGCACAACGGUGGUGUGA